AUGGCGGAAACCCAACACACCCAGCUCGUGUGCUACACUUUGCUCUGCAUCCUUGUCAUGGCCAUACUCGUCAAGCUCAAGCACAUGCGAGCCUCUGCUAGCCGCCUGAACCUGCCUCCCGGCCCAUGGGUGCUGCCGGUGAUCGGCCACAUGCACCUGCUGCUCGGCGCCAUUCCGUACCAGGCCAUGCACAGGCUCGCUCGUCAGCACGGCCCCGUCAUGCUUCUCCGCCUUGGCCACGUCCCGACGCUCGUGCUCUCCUCCGCGGAGGCGGCCAGGGAGGUCAUGAAGGUGCACGACGCCGCCUUCGCCGACCGCCCCGUGUAUGCCACGGCAGACAUCUUCACCUACGGCGGCGAGGACAUCUCCUUCGCGCGCCACGACAGCCGGCACUGGAAGGCCCUCCGGAAGCUCUGCGCCGUGGAGCUGCUGAGCCCGAGGCGCGUCCGGUCGUUCCGCCAUGUCCGGGAGGAGGAGGCGGCGAGGCUUGUGCUGUCCGUCGCCGGCGCCGGUCGCAUUGUCAACGUCGGUGACAUGCUAAAGGUAAUGAUGAACGACGUGGUCAUGAGGGCGUCCGUGGGCGACAGGUGCGUGCAGCGGGACGCGUACCUGGAGGAGCUGGACAGGGUGUUGGACCUCAUGUCCGGGUUUAACCUCAUCGACCUGUUCCCGGCGUCGCGCCUCGCCCGGGCGAUCGGUGGCCGGGCUCUCGGGGCGACGUGGGAGGUACACCGGAGGAUCCACUCCAUCAUGGACGCCAUGAUCAGUGAUCACAGAACGGCUAUGGAGGGCGAGGACGACAAUGAUGCCGGAUGUGAGCAGAGGGGUGACAUACUCACUACUCUGCUCCGGUUCCAGAGGGACGGCGGGAUUGGCGGCGUCGCCCUCACCAAUGAAAAAAUCAGCGGCGUCCUCUUUGGCAUAUUUCCUUCAGUGAAGGAGGUGGCAACAGCCAUCAGGGAGUGGAAGCCCCUCGACGUCCACCCUGACCUGUAUGGCGCUGUCAUGACCCAGGGUGGCUUCAGCGACGAGGCUCUCAUGGCAGCUCUCAGCCACCUGCUUGACAACAAGGCCCAGGGUGUUGGGUUCGUUGCCAUGGCCGACGCUCACAGGGGCAAGUGGUAUGCCGUGUUCAUUGGUGAGGUUCCAGGGGUUUAUAGUUCAUGGGAAGAAGCCAAUGCACAAGUGGCAUCGUAUAGCAACAACAACUAUAGAGGGUUCAAGACUAAGCAGGCAGCAGAACAAGCUUACUCCGCCUGGGUGCGAAAGCACGGAGGCAACAGUGUCGACAGUGCCAAGGUUGGAGCUGUCAAAGUGGAAGCUGCUAAGGUGGAUCGUCAGUUCAGCCUGAAGCUGAAGAACUUCAUGAUCUUCGCCCAGUUCAUCACCAGUGCUGUGCUGUGGUGUUAG